AUGCAUAUUCCUUGGAUUCUACGUAGCUCUCCAAAGUCCAAACUCCAAAGUCAAUUAUUGGAAACAAAUUGUUUAUAAUAUCUUUCUUUCUGCAGAGAUUGAUUCAACUACACAACCACUUGGCAUUAAAAAUUAAUCAACCUUCAAAACACAAUCACCUCUUAGAUAGUCCCUUAACCUUUUCACAUCUUUGAAUUCUAAUUUAUGCUCUUUCCCACCUAUGAAGCUGCUAUAAGCCAGUGUGACUAGGCGAAUGUAUGGAUUUUUGAUCGCCAACCCUUCCUUUCUAAUCCCACAAAAGGUCAGUCAAUCCUAACUCACAAUCCUCCGAGUCACAGACGAAGUCUAAAUACAUAUAUUUUUGUACGUUUUCAUGUAUCGCCUCUGCACAAAUGGAAAAGAGCACUUUAAGAGCUUACCAAAUCUAAUUCUAUCAUUUCAUUAGCAAAUUCAUUUAUUCAAGGAUACAAGUAUGGAGACGCCUCCCACUACAACCAAUUCCGACCAAUAUUCAAAGUUUGCUCUUCCGGUGGACUCUGAACACAAGGCGACUGAAUUCAGAAUACACUCAGCGGCAGCUCCUCACAUGCGAGCGUUUCAUCUGUCCUGGAUUUCUUUCUUUGCUUGUUUUGUUUCCACCUUUGCUGCUCCGCCUCUCCUGCCGAUAAUUCGCGACGACCUCAAUCUCACCGCCACUGACAUUGGAAAUGCAGGAAUUGCGGCGGUUUCCGGUGCAGUCUUUGCACGAAUAGCCAUGGGGACCAUGUGUGAUUUGUUCGGACCCCGUCUUGCCUCUGUCGCGCUCAUCCUCCUCACUACACCAGCAGUGUACUGCUUUGCCAUGGCCAAUUCCGCUAUCUCCUUCCUCCUCCUGCGAUUCUUUACCGGAUUCUCUAUUGCCACUUUUGUCUCAACCCAAUACUGGAUGAGCUCCAUGUUCUCUGCUCGAGUUGUUGGCACCGCCAACGGUGUUGCAGGCGGCUGGGGCAACCUCGGUGGCGGGGCAACACAGCUCAUCAUGCCCCUCGUGUUUUCCCUCAUCCGAGACAUUGGUUUGGUUAAAUUCACAGCAUGGCGGGUUGCAUUCUUCAUCCCGGGUUUGUUCCAGACCUUGUCGGCAUUUGCUAUCUUUUUCCUCGGCCAAGACAUGCCGGAUGGGAAUUUCUCGCAACUACAUAAAUCUGGAGAGAAGCAUAAGGAUAAUUUCCUGCAGGUUUUUUAUCAUGCAGUCACAAAUUACAGGGGAUGGAUCCUGGCGUUGACAUACGGGUAUUGUUUCGGGGUGGAGCUAACCAUAGACAAUAUAAUUGCGCAGUAUUUUUACGACAGAUUCAAUGUGAAGCUUCACACUGCAGGAAUGAUCGCAGCCAGUUUUGGAUUGGCGAAUCUGUUUUCGAGGCCGGGAGGAGGAUAUAUCUCAGAUGUUGUGGCGAAAAGAUUUGGAAUGAGGGGUAGGCUAUUUACCUUGUGGAUGGUGCAAACCUUAGGAGGAUUGUUCUGCAUUCUUUUGGGGAAAGUGGGGUCUCUAACUGCAUCCAUUGCUGUUAUGCUUGUGUUCUCUGUAUUUGUUCAAGCUGCAUGUGGCCUCACAUUUGGAGUUGUCCCUUUUGUCUCCAGAAGGUCACUGGGGGUAAUAUCUGGGAUGACCGGGGGCGGUGGAAACGUGGGUGCAGUUCUAACUCAAGUAAUUUUCUUCAGAGGAUCCCGGUACUCGACAGAGACGGGAAUAACUCUGAUGGGCAUCAUGAUUAUAUGUUGCACUCUCCCAAUGCUCUUCAUAUACUUCCCACAAUGGGGUGGCAUGUUUUGCGGUCCAUCAUCUAAAGGCACCACAGAAGAAGACUACUACAUGUCGGAAUGGAAUUCCACCGAGAAAGGAAAAGGUUUUCACCAACCGAGCUUGAAAUUUGCUAACAACAGCAGAAGUGAAAGAUGCAAAAGCGACACGACUCCAUCUGUAAGUGUUUGACUACUGCCUCUUGAUGUUAUGUAGGUCAUGAUGCAUGUUUUAGUGAAAAAUAAAAAGUUUUUCAUCUUGAUGUUUUAGUGUUGUACAAUUGUGGUUGCAAGGUAUAGAGAAAUGUCAGGGAAUACCAUUCAAAAAAAAAAAAAAAAAUGUCAGGGAAAGGUAGUAUUAUACUAUUCUUUGAAAUUCAGUUGCUCAUUAUUCAAUCAAUGGAAGAUGUUGAUUCCCAGUGAUUUAUAUCCAUUAUUGUACAUAUCAAUGGCAUUGUGACCUUGCUAGAAGAGAAAUUGUAGAAUCCAUAACCCAAUAAAUUCAGUAGCACACUAUGGACUGAAAGGAUAAUUAUCUAAGUUAAUUACUAGAAGCCUUUUUUUUUUUUUACGUAAAAUAUUUUUUUUUUUUUGGUUUUUUUUUUUUUUUUGUAGUUGGCAAAUGUGUUCUAUUGGGCAGGACAUGUAAAAUAACUUACUGAAAAUUGAUGAAUAAGUUAUUUUUAUUAACUUUUAAUAUA